UCAGGUUGGCCGUGCCAGCAGCAGUACGUGGCGAAGCCUUACAGCUGCAGCAACUGCAACAAACGAUACGUGAGACGCGAUUCCUUGUACAAGCAUUUGCGAUACGAGUGCGGAACGGAGCCGAAGUUCGCUUGCAUCGUGUGCGGCAGAAGUUGUUUGGGGCCCCAUUCUCGUCAAGGGCCAUUCAGACCGGCUGAAACCGUUCGUCUGUCACCUGUGCGGAAAGAGUUACGCGUGGAAGGAGUCCCUGUGUCGUCACCUUCGCGAGGAGUGCGGUGUCGCACCACAAUUCGGUUGCGCGCACUGCGGAAAAACGUUCAAACAACGAUCCAGCUUUCAGAGGCACUUGCUCAACAUACACGGACGCUACGACACAUUCAGACACUGAUCCUAUCGAAAAGUGAAGGACCAACAUUUACAUCGAAUUUAACACGAGGAUCAGGAAAUUGGAGUGGAUAUUUCAGAAGGAUCUGGAAAGUAUAUUCUUCGACCUCACCGUUAUCUGUUAGCUUUGCUUCGCGUUCUGUCAGCUCGAUUAUUCAGUGGUGUACGAAAAAUGACUGGCCGACAUCGGCAUUUUUUCUUUCUAUUACAGAGUACAAAUGGAAGCGAAAAAUCGACGCAGGCGACGCUCGUUCCCGUCGAAAACCGUAUCCUUGCCCGUCUUGCGGAAGAUCCUACACCCGCAAGGACACGUUGCGUCGCCACAUGCGCGACGAGUGCGGAAAGAAUCCUCAGUACAUCUGCUACGUCUGCACGAAAGGCUUUAAACAGAAGUCGAAUUUCCAGCGGCACAGCGCGAACGUGCACGGCUUCAAGAUGUGAGAGCGACCCGUGAGAAGAGAAACCAAACGAAAAUUAUAAACAAUCCUCGAAACAGAUUCGUCCAGCACCGAUCAGAAAUGGGCGACAAUAUUACACACUUUAUUUGUCCAAUAAAAUUACGAUCGAACUAGGUUUCACGAUGGACGAUUAAAAACUCAUUCGAGUAACCGUUCGACCGGACCAUAAAUUGCCGCCUAUCUCUGAUACCAAACCAUUUUCCCGUUGUACAAUAGCGAUUCUCCUUGUUUCAUAGAGGAAGCGAGUCUGUCUCGAGUCACCUACGCGACAUUAUUCUUGAAAAUAAAGCAUGUGAAGUAACACGUAGAACGUCCACGAUACGUUGUUGUUUAUUUUAAUCCCAAAUCGUUACACGAAAGUGCGAAUGCCAACGAGUGUCAUCACUGAAGAUCAACCGAAAGCUUAUCGACACCUUUCCCGCAGUCACAUAAUUUCGAGAACAGUACUUUUUCCCUCGUGCUCGAAACGCAUCGAUCAUUCUUUCGUUUCUUAACCUCUUCCCGUACCACUUUGUUCGACUAAAACUAGGGCUGAAAACUGGUGUUUCUUUGUGGCCCGACUAUUUGUUUACAAGCUUGGCUCGUGGUAUUCAUGUUUGGAACAAAAUCUUCAUCGCGAGUCAGACUCGUCAAAGUACGGCAAGAGGUUAAUGUCGCAAUUUUUGCCCGAGAAUUGUCACGUGCGUACACACUACUCUGACGUACAGUAGUGCCUGGUUAAAUGUGAAUGUAAAAUUGAACGUAAAAUUAAAAGCACUCGGUAUUAUUUUGAAAAAUGUACGGGCUUUCAGCUUGCGACAACUGUCCAAGUUCGAGCAGGCGAAUUGUGUUUCACAGUUGAUGGUCAUUUUCAUUAAACUGCGCGCUAUUGUACGUGGAAACAGUGUUCACAGCAAUGGGACUGGUAAUUAAGCGUAUUUCCGGCAUCAUUGGAGAUCUGUUUUACGGGUACGCGCUUCUCCUAUCAGUUUGACCAAGAUUAGAUCGAAUAAUCGACGCCUUUCGUCCUCUAAAUUACAGGUAAUUGCUCGAGGAGCAGGUAUACGUCGUCGCGGGGCCAAGAUUUCUUGCCGAAGCCAUUUCCGUGCCUCAAAUGCGGUAGAUCCUACAGGAACAAGGGCAGCUUGAAGCGUCAUCUCC